AGGGGCAGGGCCAGGGCGAGGGAUCCCGGGCAGCGAGAGGGGCUGGCCAAGCCGCCCACGGAGCCCGGGACCGCGGGAGAGACAGCCCCGCGGGCAAAGGUAGAAGGAGGCUGAACUUGGGCUGGGGGCGGAGAGCCGAGCAGUAACUGUUCCAGUUGGAGAGGGAAAGAGGGACCCGAACUAAGGCAGGAGGGGCUGCGCGGCUCCCGGCUGAGGGCCAGAACCCAGGGAGAGCCAAGGAUGUCUGCGGAGCCCGAGCUGAUCGAGCUGAGGAACCUGGUCUGCACCCCCGACGGGCUGCGGGGUCAGGAGAUUGGCCGCAGCCCGGGGCCCCGGAGCCCGGGCCGUCUAGAGCGAGCCAACGCGCUACGCAUCGCCCCAGGCCGUGGCCCAGAUGUGCUACCCCGCGGCCGUCAAGUCCGACUGCUGGGCGGCCACAGCGAUCCCCGCCUCACCACCGGCCCAGGCCGGGGCCAUUGCUUCCGCCCGUCGGGGCCCGGCACCCACACCUGGUGCGACCUCUGCGGGGACUUCAUUUGGGGCGUCAUUCGCAAGGGCCUGCAGUGCAUCCACUGCAAGUUUACUUGCCAUUAUCGCUGCCGGGCCCUGAUCCGCCUGGACUGUUGUGGUCCCCGUGAACUCAGCCUGGAGCCUGCCUUGGAAAGAGACACCAACGUGGAUGAACCACUGGAGUGGGAGAAACCGAUCCUGUCUCAAACUGAGAUUGAGCGGAAGAUUAAGGAAUAUAACAGCCAGAUCAACAGUAACCUCUUCAUGAGCCUGAACAAGGAUGGUUCCUAUACGGGUUUCAUCAAGGUACAGCUGAAGCUUGUGCGCCCGGUAUCUGUGCCUGCUACCAAGAAGCCACCCUCCUUGCAGGAUGCCAAGCGACCCAUUGGGAAGAACCAAGCAGUGAAGCGCCGUACCUCCUUUUAUCUCCCCAAAGACACAGUCAAGCACCUGCAUGUGUUGUCCCGAACACGGGCCCGAGAGGUCAUCGAAGCACUCCUCCGAAAAUUCCUAGUGGUAGAUAAUCCCCGAAAAUUUGCCCUAUUUGAGCGGGCAGAGCGCCAUGACCAAGUGUACCUUCGGAAGCUCUCGGAUGAUGAACAACCUUUGCGAUUACGCCUGCUCGCUGGACCCAGUGAAAAAGCCUUGAGUUUUGUCCUAAAGGAAAAUGAAACCGGAGAUGUUAAUUGGGAUGCCUUCAGCAUGCCUGAAUUACAUAAUUUCCUUCGUAUCCUGCAACGGGAAGAAGAAGAACACGUUCGACAAAUUUUGCAAAAGUAUUCUCGUUGCCGACAGAAGAUGCAGGAAGCACUAGGAGCCCGCCCCCUAGGAUGACCCCUCUGGCCUUCUCCUUCUUGACCCCAGAGUCAAGAUUGCUUAAAGGCUUCAGAGGCCACCAGGCCGAGUGGAUGAAGGGCAGCACAUGGGGGGUGGCGGGGGGCAGCACAGAAUGGAUGUCAUGAAUGUGUCUGGACCUGAAGAGUGAGUGUGUGUGGGGGCUUCCCAGCUAAAGGGAAGCUAGCUAGGUGUGUGGGGCCAUAGAAUGUCCUUCAUGUAGCAUCAUGGCUGCUACUUUGGAAUGACAGAGGCUAAAAAGUCCUCUUUUAAAAUAUUGACUCAUCGUGAUACUUUUAGGAGGAUGGUUGGGGUUGGGUUUAAAGAGCACAAUCAAAGGGGCAGCUAGGUGGAUAGAGUGAGUGGAUAGAGCACCAGACCUGGAGUCAGGAGGACCUGGGUUUAAA